AUGAAGCUGAGUAGCAGCGUUAGUGGUGCAGUAAGGACCUUUACGUACUUCAUGGCUAGUGGUUCGCAUUACAUGUUGAAGGAUGUUGAGUAUAUAUCACUUUAUGGUGAUGAACCAAGUGCCAUUGAACAGGCCUAUGCUAUUUUCAUCAAUGUGCUGGAGAUGGAUGAGAAUGGCAACGUCACAAAUAUGAGUCACGCUGAGAAAAGAGCCACAGAUUAUAUCAGGUCUUAUUGUGACCCAUCAUUUACAGUCCAGCCGCCUUACGAAGAUUGGGAAGUUGCACUCUAUUGA